AGUAAAGCGAGUCGUGUAAUAUGUUGUUAGUUCAGCUUUAGUAUAAGACCGCGCGCAGUGUAAGAAUGUUGUGUACCUACUUUCUAAAAUAUAAUUUCUUGCGCUUUUAAACAUGUUUAUAAUAGUAUCUUUAGCAGUAAUUGGAGCGCUAACAGUGGCCUAUAUUAUAAUAGAUUCCUUUAGGAGUGUCAUUGAAUUAAUAGUAUCGCAUUUGACACCAUAUUUUCUUCCACAAGACGUUCAACCUCUAUGGAAGAAGUUUGGAAAUUGGGCAGUUAUAACUGGCAGUACGGAUGGUAUCGGAAAGCACUACGCGUUAGAAUUGGCACAAAAGAGUAUCAACAUUGUACUGAUCAGCCGAAACACAGAUAAAUUGAAAAGCGUCGCUGAAGAAAUUGAGAAAUAUGGCGUAAAGACGAAAAUAAUUGUAGCUGAUUUCAGCAAAGGAAUUGAAAUAUAUCAGCACAUUGAAGACGAACUAAAGGACAUACCAAUAGGAAUUCUAGUGAACAACGUAGGAGUUCAGUAUGAAUAUCCUAUGCCUCUAUGCGAGCUCCCAACGGCUAAAGCCUGGGAAAUCAUCAACGUGAACGUAGUAGCUGUCACCACCCUCACAAGAAUGCUGCUACCAGCGAUGGUAGCCAGGGGCAAGGGGGCAGUUGUCAAUGUAUCCUCAGGAUCUGAACUCCAGCCACUGCCUCUGAUGGCUGUGUACGCGGCUAGUAAGGUGUACGUACGUAACUUUACGCAAGCCAUACGCGAAGAAUAUUCUCCAUUAGGCAUUUACGUGCAACACGUUUCACCACUUUUCGUCUCCACCAAGAUGAACAACUUCUCCCAAAGGUUGAUUGAUGGCAACCUUCUAGUUCCCGAUGCUGCGACAUAUGCGCAAAGUGCUGUACUCCUACUUGGUAGAGUGCAGAAUACUACAGGCUACUGGCUGCAUGGCAUACAGUAUUUUUUCAUAAAAUUGGCGCCGGAACGACUACGAAUGAGGAUUGGACAUCACAUGAACAAAGACUUUAGAAACGAGCACUUUAGAAAUACCAAGCUUAAGGCUCAGUGAUCUUAGAAUAUACUAGUACAAUUACGCAGGCGGAAUUACCUGUCUCAAAAUCUAUAAAAUUUAUUAGAAAUAUCUUCAAAGGUUAUGGGACAGUGAGCAUAUACAGUGCUUCCAAAGUGAUAACGGUCGUAUUUUUCGAGCGUCGUUAGGAAAUGAUAUCUAUAUAGGGUGGUAAAGUGCAUUUACUUCAUGCAUAAUUUAGUAGAAUUAUGUGUUUUGUGCGAACAGAGAUAAAUAUUGAUUUAUCAGUCACGAGAUUUGAUUCGAUAAUUCAACGCCAAUAUUUAAAGACGACUGAUUGAACUUGGAUUCACAGGCGACAGCCGUGGACCUCCCGAAUCGUUUUCGAUUGUGUACACACGAUAUUAACUCCUAUUUUAUUCGAACAAGGUGCAAAAUGCGAGUGCAUUGUUUAGGGCUCUUAGGAUUCAAUGAUUCGGGUGUUUCCGGGAAUACGACCACUGGCCAGAUCUUCGCAUUAUUAAUUAGAGAGUACUGUACAAUUUUUUUUUUUGUGAAAUGAAAUAAAUUUUUCGAGUCAUUACGUAAAAUUAAAUGUCACUUAGUUAUUAUAAAACUUUGUUUUAUGUAAAUAUAGAAAAUACGUUAAGGUUAUCGUAAUAAUAUAUGAGUUUACUGUCAUUUUAAUAAAAUAAAUAGCUAAUAAUAAUAAUAGCCUUUUAAU